UCCUCCGAGAAAUCGAAAAUGCUGAGUAAAGACCCCUCCCUCUCUAAAACCCUAAACCCCUCUCUCUUCCUCCUCACGCCAUUCUCCAAUCCUCUCCGCAAAACCCUAACCCUAAAACCCUUCACCAGGGCCCCCAAAACCCUCUCCAUCAGCUCAUCCUCCCAAUUCCAGCUAAAUUCCGACCCCAAUUUCACAUUUUCCCGCCAAAUUCCCCAUCUACGGCGGGACCUCCGCUCGUUCGCCGGCCGGAGCAAGAAGAAGGCCGGAGGCGGACCGUCGCCGGGCCGAAUCGAGGGUAACGCGGAUUCUCGCCGGGAGGUGAGGGAAAAUGCUCGCCGGAAAAGCAAAAGGCUCGCCGAGUCCAAUUUCUAUCGGCUCAAGAACCAGAGCCGGAAGUACGCCGAUAACUUCACCGAGGACGAGCUCCAGCAAAUCGGGCUCGGGUAUGACCGGAUGGUCCGGUUCAUGGAGAAGGACGACCCCAAUUUGCGCCACCCGCAUGACUGGUACAAGUACGGAGAAUUCGGGCCGUAUUCCUGGCGCGGGGUCGUCGUCGGCCAACCGGUGCGGGGAAGGUUUACCGACGAGAGGGUGACGAUUAUUGGGGAAGUAAAGGACCAGGAGGAGUGGGAAAAGAUUGAGCAAUUUGAGAUGAGCCAAGAUUUUGGGAAGAGAUUGGGGCAAUUGGAUAGAAGCAAAGGGAGGAAGUACUUUUGGGUGUUUGUGAGGCACCCGAGGUGGCGGCUUUCGGAUUUUCCGUGGCAGCAGUGGACUUUGGUGUGUGAGGUGGUGGUGGAAGGCGAAAAGCAGAGGCUGGACAAGUGGAGUUUGAUGGGCAGGCUUGGGAAUUUGACUAGAUCUUUGAUAACAAAGUGUGCAGCUUGGUUUAGACCCGAUAUUAUAUAUGUGAAGAGGCCAGUUUAUCAGUGUAGGUUCGAGCCUCAGGACGAUUUUUUCAAGGUGUUGACCCCAUUUCUUGAUCCGAAAACGGAGGAGGAUUACUUGUUUGAGCUGGAGAGAGCUGAUGGGAGUGUUGAAAUGUGCACUUACUUUGGUGGGUUGUGUAAGAUUGUGAAGGUGAAUCAGAAGGCGAUUGUGGAUGAUGUGGUGAAGGGUUUUGAGAAGUUGAGUGAUGAGGAGAAGUCAAGGUGUUUGGGGUUUUUGCUGAAGAAUCAUCCGGUUCAGUUGUUGCAUCCGUAUACGAAGGAGUGGAAGGCCAAGUUGGAGGAGUGGGAGUUGGGUUGUGAUGCACCGGAUGAUGAUAAUGAGGGCAGCGGCAUCAAUGUGGCCGAGAAGGAGUUUACAGAGUGGGUUGAGGAUGACGAGGUUGAUAAUGAGGAGGAUAAUGUUGUUAUGGAAAUGGAAGAUGGUGAUGAGAGUGAAUUUGAGGAUGAUGAUGAGGAGGAAGAUGACGGAGACGAUGAAUUGGGAGUUGAUGCGGAAGAGUUGAGUGAAGAAGAGGAUGAGAAGUACUGGGAGGAGGAGUUUGAAAAGGCGGUGAGUAGCUCGGAUGCAAUGGAAAAGCUAGCAAAACAGAGUGUAGAGGCAACUACGGAGUACUAUAAGAAGCAAUUGAGGACAAUGGAAGGGUACAAAAAUCAAAACUUGGAGGACGACGAAGAUGGUGAUGGUGAUGAAACCGCCAUGAGGGGAAAACGACCGACAGUGAGUGCUGAAGAAUGGAAGGUAGCUGGCUAUGGUCCAUGGAGGAAAAGGAUCAAGAAGAGUAAGAUUCCUCCGCAGCUGUUUUUGCGAGCAGCGGUUCGACCCUUCACUUACAGAAAUCUUGUGAAGGAGAUAGUUUUGACUAGGCAUGGAAUUGUGGAUGGUGAUUUUUGAGGAAAGACUUGAAGAAGCAUUUGCAUUUCUUGAAAUUUGCCUCUUGUUCGGAUGACUGUAUCGACUAGUUUUUAGCACAUUGCAGAGAGUAGAUGUAUCUUACUGAAUCAAUCUCAAUGAAAUUUGAUGUAUUUAAAAUUCGUUGAGGCGCAUUCUGCCCAACCUUUGAAUCAA